AAAUGCUGUUGGAAGCCAACGUAAUGGCUGAGAUGGGCAAAGGAAGAAAAUGAGAUCCACAAGCCCAGGUUGGCUGAAAAUAACUGGUAGUACCUGAUGUGGCUUGAAUGGUGCUCUGCAGAUGAGAAAACCAGGACUGUUUUCCAAAGAGCUCUAUCCACCAACUGUCACCUGAGCAGAAAGGACACAACAGAAUGACAUUUUGUCUCUGUGAAUUACUGCAGGGACACAGAAAGCAGCUGGCAGCCCUACGUGCAGGGGUGGAGGGUGUCCUGAGCCUGCAGGGCCUGACUGUGAGCAUGGAUAUGGCCUUUUGGUUCAACGAAGAUCUCAAAGUGUUGUUUAGGAUGUGGCACAGCUGAGAGGUUUGCCAAGGGCUCAGUGAGGUACCAGUCCAUCUGAGGGAUGGCAGAGAGAAGUUCACAGACUCACAGAAUCAUAGGGCCUGGAAGGGACCUCUGGAGGUUCCCAGACCAACCCCUUCCCCAAAAACAGGUUCCCUAGAGCAGGUUGCACAGGAAAGCAUCUGGGCAGGAUCACCUUCCUUGCCCUGCUGGCCUUAUUUUAAAUGCAGCCCGAGGUGUGGUUGCCUUUCUGUGCUGCGAGGGCACAUGGCUGGCUCAUGCCUAGCUGAGCAGCACCCCUAAGUUCUUUUGGUGGGGCUGUGCUCAGUCCUUUUGUCCCCUGGCUUGGAGUACCCAGCUGCAAGACUUUGCACUUGGCUUUGUUGUGGGCCAGAGCUGCUGGGCACUCGUGCCUAUGCUCACUGUUCUAUUCUGACCUGGUCUUGCUAUGCCCUGGUGAUGGCCUGAGGAUCCUCUUUGUCGCCCUGUCACUUCCAUGUGAUGCUGAGUACCACAGGGCAAGCAGCAGAGAAGCCACUUAUUGAAUGCUCUGAAUUUUUUUCAAGAUAAAUGCAAGACUUUGCAUACAAACAGCCCAUCCUAACCAGGGAAGAUGGAGCCAAAGUUCUGGUGGCUCUUAUCAAGCCUGUUUAUCUCUGCUAGCACCAAAAAAAUCUCUUGACACUGCAGUGACUGGCUGGGAAUGCUUCUAUGAGAUGCUACACAUGACAUCUACCAGCGAGUACAGUGGAAGUGGAAAUGACACAGAGGAAUAUGUCUUGAGCAGCUUUUUCUCUGCCAGGAGACAGCAAGCUUGAAUCACAGACUCAUAGGAUGGCUUGGGUUGGAAGGAACCUCAAGGAUCAUCAGGUUCCAACCCUCCUGCCCAUGAAUGCUUCAGUUGAGCUGUGCUGUGGAUAUUGCUCUCCUUUACAUGCAGCACUGCAGCUGAUAGACCUUGGCCAACUGGUUGGUGCCCACCAAGCUCCUCCUUCACUCCUCCUCAGCAGGAGAGAAUCCUGUGAGUUCAGGACAGUGAGUUCACUCACAAAUAAGUGUCAUGAGGUAAAUGGACUCAGCUUGGGGAAGGCACUUGCUCUCUUCUGGUUGCUUUCUGUCUUGGAUUUGUGCCACUUUCUCAAGGUUGUCAGUUCUUUAUGGAAGUCAGGAAGAGGAACACCCAGUAUGUUUAUUACAGAGAAGUGGGAUAUCUGGAAUUUAAAGCAGAACUUCAACCUUGAGCGAAUAUCUGAACCAGAAAGUCAUUUUGAGACUUCACUUUUCCCCUUUGGAAGUUUCAAAUCCCUUAUCUGAGACUUCCAUAACCUUUAGGUAGCAUCAGGUAAAGCACGUCUGCAUUAGUGCAGCUUCCAUACAUCCCAAUAAUCUUAACUGUUAACCACUGUUAGAAUAGUGUUGGACAACCUGCAAAAGGUGAGCAAGCCAUUCUGUCAAUGACCAGCCUCCAAUUUCCUUCAAAAUCGCAUUUAUUCCACUGUUGUCCACUGGUUUUCUACUCCCUGCUUCCAUGAGCUAUGUUAGCCAUAUGAUCAAUACAGAAGUAUUUCACUAUUGGCCUGGACUUGAAUGCAGUGGUUCUGCUGGGGGUUAAAAUUCCACCCAGAAUUGGCUCUUUGCUCCAUUCUGGUAUUGGUAGGCAAGUGGAGAUACUGGUGAGGUGCUGCAACUUCCUGAAUCCAAACUGAAUUGUCUUCGGACCCACUGACCCUUAACGUACAAAGCAACAUGAUGAAGAUGUUGACCUCCCAAAAUAUUAUUUAGGAGAAAAGCCUUGGGAUCUCUCCAGUUCAGUUUCUCAGAUUAGUUUAAACCUCCAAAACCCCUUCUGCCCCAGUUUCUUCUAUUUUCAUUAUUAUUUUUUUUAAUUAUAUAUAAUGAAUCCAGGGUCCCAUUCAUUUCAACUUCACUGCGGUGCUUGUAGCAAGCAGAGGGCACCUCUGCUGACCCCACAGCCCUGUCAGGACCUUGCCACAUACAAGUGUGUGUUUCCUUUCGCUUGCUGUGCUCAGUCCCAGCGUAGGGGCUCAGAAGUUCCACAUGAUUUAUGAGAAACGCCGUCUGCUCACCGCUUCCUCUUAGGUUAUGUGGUGUUUAUGGUUGGUUGGGGUUGGGGGAAAGCCAAUCCCACGAAAAAGCAACCCAAAAAACAAAAACAACUUUACGGAAUGGUUGGAGUCAGAAGGGACUGUUGGAAAUGAAGCAAGGUUCUGAUAGAGCACGUAGCCCAGGGCAGCAUCCAUACAGCUUUGGGACCUGUCUGGGCAGCCUGCUGCAGUGCUCCUCAUAGGCACAGCAACACCGUGUUCAGAUGGAACUUCCUUCACCAUUUCUUAUAAAAGGGCUCCUGUCCACCCUGUCUUUUGCAGCUGUGUGGGACUGAUGGAAGCGCUCUGACUGCUGGCAUUGUUAGCCAACAGCAAUUCCUUGGCUGAUAUCACUGGGCCCUUCUAUCUGAUGAUAGGCUCCACACCUUUCUCUUUUGACCAUUUUCUUUUGGCUGCUCCACAUGCAGAAGACAACUCAUGGUUGUUGGUGUUGGUGUUGUUGGCGCUGGUGUCAGCUGCUUCUUGCUGACCAAAAUCCAAGUCGAGACAAACACAAACCCAGUUCAGCCUUUGAAUUUAUAUAAACCAUUUCCAGCAUCUUUUUUCCUCCAUAUGUCAGUGAUGAUAACAAAAGGUGCUUUUUUCCUCUGGAGGAAAAGAGCAAUUGCAUUCACCUUCCUGUCAGCAAUCUGAGCCCGGAGGAUUGUGGCAACUUCCUCUGAUGCAAGUCCUCUGCUUUGCCCACUGCUCAUUUGCACCUUUGGAGCUUCAGGGGGAUAAAAACUAAAACGUGAGCCCUGGUUGCCCACACUGUGCUGUUCCCCAUACUGGCACAGUGGGAUCUGCUGGUGAGGAGCUCCCACCUCCAUGUCCUGUGGCUCCAUAGCUGCCCUCCUGUCUGCACAGCAAGGUGCUGCUGGGCAGGACCCCUCUGUGCUGAGAUCAGAGGGGACACCCAGUGAGGGCUGUGUGCCUCAGAGCCUUGGUGGUGUCACGUCCUUCAUAGGGAAGUGAGGGCUGAGCACAGAUGGGAAUGAGGCAGUUUCGGUGUGCAUGGAACCAGUGGUUCCCAGGGCCGUUGGCCUUGUCCUACAGGCAGUGCUGGCAGGAGGAAGUGAAAACACUGGGUCAUUCAUUCCACUCGUUUAUUCAGCCCAGGGCUUUGGGACUGAUGAAGCCCUGACAGCUGUUUUUUUCCUCCUGCAGCUGCUCUGUGGCUUCCUACAGGCAUCCCAGCCCUCCUGGGCCCACUGCAUGUGCCAACCUCUUCCCCUCUCCUGAGCCCCAUUGGAUGAAAUCAGGCUGAAGGCUGAGCUGCCAGGAGAGCGUAGCAGAUGUCGCUGCCCCAAAGCAGAGCCGCUUACCCCACGGCCUAUCGUCAGCUGGCCUGGAUGUGUCUUGCCCUCUCCUCGCUCCCCACACAGAGCUCAAGAGAUGCUCCUGGCCCAGCUCCUUCCUCCUUGACUCCAAUUUGCCAUUGCAGUCAGGCCUGGCUCCUCACUGCAGCUCAGCAGCCUGCAGGCCGGCUCACAGAGGCUUCUUUCAGGCAAGAUCUGGUGUGGUUUUGAGCUGAGCAUGGAACCACUUCCUCCACCGUGCUUACAGUCUCCACGUCCAGGGCUGGACACCUCCAUGACCAUUUCUAUUUUCUUAAACUUUCCAAAGAGAUGGGGACACUGGGUCCCAAACAUCCUGGGACAGGCGCACUCACCAGCAUCCCUCUGGAGCGUGUUGCCAUGUGUUGCUCAAAUGCCGUGAGGAUCAGGGGCAGCUGGACCAGCAGCCUACAACAGCAUCCCAACAAGUGCCCAUGAGCAGAGCUAUGCAAGUGCUGGGUUUCCUCUAUGCUGACUCUGCUUCAUUGUUUUUCACGUGUGAAUGGCAGCCUCAGCAAAGAGCAAGAACAGCCUUCAGUAUCUUCUCCAACCGUGUUCACUGCUCCUGAGCUUUGAAGCAGCUCUAUGGCAUUGGUUUUGCUGGCUUUUCUAAUUAUCACUGUUCCCUUUAGGCCACUGUAUAUUUUCCUGUAUGACCUUAUAUAUUUAAACAUAUUUUUCUCCCUUCUGACUUUUAACCUAAUUCUGUUUCCAGCCUCCCUUCCAUUUUUCCCCAGACUGGCAGCACAGUACAGGUCUGCAGAGGAUGAUCAACAUCUUCAGUGGCUCUAACCAUCUCUGACUCUAUCUAAGUCUGACACAGAACCAUACGAUCCUGUGAUGACCUGCUCUCACCAAAGCUCUGCAGAUGCUUUGCGCCUGUUACCUGGAGGCAUUUUGGCCUCUGAUUCACUUGCAAGCUCCUGAUGUCCCACCUGCCUUUCUUUACCCAGGGGCUGUGAGGCACUGCCUGCAGCACCCCAUUCCUGGAGGUGCCCAAGCCCAAUGAUAGAGGCCUGGGCAUCCCAACCUGGUGCAGGGCCCCAGCCCACAGCAGGGUUAGGGCUGGGUGGGCUUUGAGGUCCCCUCCAACUGAAUCCAUUCUGUGAUUGCACGAUUCUGUGAACAGAGCAUACUGAGUGCUGUUCUAACACCAGGUCACUGCUGGCUGAUCAAGAGAGGCUGCUCCUGCUGCCUGGCUGCACUGAAUGCAGUGUUGAACCCUGACUUCAAGAGGAAUAUAUAGAGAAGGUCCAACAAAGGGCGACUGAUGCGGCUGGGAGGCUGGGCUUGCAACACAACAGGAGCAUUUUUGGAAUGGGCCAAUGGCCACAUUUGUAGCUUGGGAUAUGCAAGGCUGAGCAUUAGGGAAGCAUUUUGUAUGGGAGAAGGAAUGCAGAAGGACAGGAGGUCUUCACCUUCAUAGGCUGUCCUGGUCUUGACACAGCCGACCUGCUCUGGUGCCAAGGGCAGCCCAGCUCCAAGUGGAAGAUCUCAGCAUGUCCCUACUGCUGUGACACUUAAGGCAUACUGAAGUUGCCCAUGUACAGGACUCACAGUGCUGCAGCACGCUCUUUCCAUCGGAUCGCUUCUUCCUGUUCCAAUAGAAAACACAAGUGCAGCUGAUUUCUGUAGCUGGAAUCGGAGCAGAGAGAGGCAUGAUUUUGUCCAUCAUCUCUUCAAAAAACUUCUCUUCAAGCUUUAUUUCCACACUCAGGCCCAUCUUCCUGCUGUUCCUAGCUUGCAGUUUCAGUUUUAUUCAUCAGCCAAGUUGGAGGAAAGCUGUAACAAAAAGCUGCAGAUCUGGAUCAGGUCUGGAGAUCUGGAGCUGCAGAUCUCCAAAAUGCUGUUUCCAUCUCAGCUGCAUACUGGGGUCGGUGUGUGGGGCCAGUGGCCCUGGGGACCAAUACUCAAAGGCUUUGGUGAAGGAUGGGGUCUGUCUCAAGGGGAGAAUGAGCCGGAUGUUGCUGCCCAUCGUGGAGGCGUGUGGCUCUGGUGUGGCCUUGCCCAUGGCUGAGGCUGCUGCACCCACACGUGGUGUGGUGCACCAUCAGUGUAGUGGAUCCCUUGCACAGUGCAGGGGACAUUUGUGUUGGGGGCAAAUGGGAUCUGAACGCCUGGAGGUGAGCAGGCUAAAGGUGCCUGUGUGGGUUGAGGGCAGUCUGGGCACAGCCUUUUUUUUUUGGCUCAGAGGUGCUCUGUACGGACCCAACCUCUGCCCCACAGCACUGUCUGCCUGCCUGAGCUGUGUAUGGGACACAUGAAGUGGGGACAGCCUGGGCAGGACAAGCUGGAGCAUCAGCACAUCCAGGGAAACACCGUAGCAAAGCUGGGGGCUCGUGCCUUCAGCCACUGCCAGCACUGGCAGAGCAGGGCUGGGAAGCAUCGGGUUGUGGUGGAUGCCAGAGUGUGGGUGUAAGGAGGAUGUCAGCACAGAGCAGAGAGCUGCGGGAGGAGAGGGGUUGUGGCCAGAGAGGGAACUACUCCUGUGAGAAGCAGAAGUGAAAAGCACGCAGAAGUCAAAGCAGAGCGCAGAGCUGUUUCCUACAUUAUUCACUCCCUACAGAGUGACCCACAGCACCCAGCAGUGCGGGCAUGGAGCCCCUCUCCUUCCAGGAAUACAUCUGCUCCCUGGACCCCGCCACCCUUCCCCGCAUCCUCAGGAUAUGCUCUGGUGUCUACUUCCAAGGGUCCGUAUAUGAGAUCUCUGGCAACGAGUGCUGCCUGUCAACCGGGGAUCUGCUGAAAGUCACGGCCGUCACACUGCAGAAAGUUAUCUGUGAGAACGUGCAGACGGGGCAGAAGACAGAGCUGCCACCGACGUUUAAGGGUCUUUUCCAGCUCUCUUCAUCUCCGUCGCCAUGUCCUACACCACAGGGACCCUCCCGGCCAGGCAGCAGGCAGAAGGGCCUGACCCUGCACCAGGCUGUGGGGCAGAGCGGUGGGCAGACACAACCCCUGCUGUGCCCCAGCAUCAGCCCACAUGCCUUGCUGCUGAGCCCUGUGUACGAGGUGCAGGCCACCAUGCACUUGCACAGGGACCAGGUGAAAAUCCCCUCCACGCUGGAGGUGGACGUGGAAGACGUGACGGAGGAGUCUCAAGACGUGCACUUCGCCCGGCCGCUGCUGCUCAGCGAGCUGCUGGGGAUGGAGGAGGUGCUGCCAGCCCAAGCCAAGAUCCUGGAGGGGCCCCAAAGCGCCGCCAUCUUUGAGAGCUCCUGGGCCUCCCGCCUGCAGAAGGGGCAGCGGCUGCAGAUCCACGGCUGCUCCCACUCCUGGAGGGUGUUGGCCUCGGCCCGCAGCAGCACCCGCCGCUUCCUCCUCUCCAGUGCCUACCAGGGCCGGUUCCGCCGGCGGCCUCGGCAAUUUGCCGGGGUGCAGGAGCUGGCGGCCGGCCUGCAGCCAGGCCAGCGGCUGCACGUGGUGGUGACGCAGGACUGCGAGGGCCGCGGGGACGACGUGCCUCCGCUCAGCGUGGGCGACCGGCUGGAGGCCCAGCAGCUGCUGCAGAACGCCGGCAGCACCAGGCUCUUGUGCCGGCGCCGCAGCGAGGAGGAGGACGGAGAGGAUGAGGAGGGCGAGGAGCUCCUGCUGCCGCUGGACCUGGGGGGCAGCUUCGUGGAGGAGGUGUGCGACAGCAAGAAGUACGGGCUGGCCGAGCUGCUGGAACGGCUGACGCUGCCGUGCGAUGUGCGGGUGGUGGCCACGGAUCCGGCGCUGGAGCGGGACGUGUUGGGUUCCUUCUCCUCCCUGCGCUUGGAGGCCCGCAUCUCCCAGCCCUUUCUGCUCGGCAGCUUCUGCGAGGAGCCGGAUGAGGGCUUUGAGAUCCCGCCCCAGUGGUUGGACCUCUCCCUCAUCCUCACCGGGGAGCCCGUCAGCACCCAGACCCCAUCUGCACACCGCUCCCACGUGGAGGAGCUGAGCGAGGCCUUCUACUACCAACUGCUGGCACAGCUGCCGGGCGGUUCGGCCCCACCGCCCCCACGGCCCCCCAAGCCAAAGGCGGCCGGUGGGAAGGCAAAGCCACACAUGGGCUGUGCCCAGGGCCAGAAGAACCAGGCACACCCCAGAGGAAGCUGCCCCCCGGCCCCUCAGCACCCCGCCAGCCCCCAGGCCCACCCGGCUCCUUUGUCGCCCCUGAAGGCAAAAAGCCUCCUUGACCAGCAGAGCACCCCCAACAAGUACAGCCCGUGCCCCUACAGGCCGGCGGCCCCACAGCUCCACGAUGCUCCUGGAGACACAGAUGUGAAGAGAAGCAGUGAUGAACACGAUUAUGAAAUCAUUGAAGGCAGCAUCCAGAAGACGAUUCGCAAAGUGCAGGCUAUUCUUCCUUUUUAAUCCUCUGGUUUCUGAAGCUGUCCAGGCUCCAACUAUUCUUAAACCUUAUGUUAAAUUAAUGCUAUUAAACAAAGGCUGAAACAACCUCAGGGAUCCUCAGAUCCACAGCACAGCCUCUAUUUGCCUCAAUAUGUGCCCACUUUGCUCAAAUGCAAGCAGCUCACACACCUGAGGAACAGCCAGAGGUGCAGAAUAAAUCCUCCCUGCUCUGCUAUGGGGGGCUGUUAUGCUGUGGAUCACAUCCUCAGAUGUUGCCUAUGGGACUCUCCAAUUGCACCAGAGCAGCAUACAGUGGGGCAACCAUCCUGGGAGCUGAGCAACCACCAACAUGGCACUGAGAUGCCAGCCAAGGCUUGGGGACAUUUAUCUCACCCAGCUCCUUCUGCAUUAACAUCACUCACACGCUUGUAGAAUAGCGUGGCUGGAGCCCACGGCUGUGCUGUGCUCAUCAGCGUUUCAGACUGAGAAGUUCUAAGACAAAUUCCUUUCUUGUGGUCACUUUGUUGGAAUCCACCAGAGGCCACUGAAGGCUUUCCCUACACAUCCCAUCCCUAUCAGAGAAGGCACCACCAGUCACCAGGAGCACCAAUACAGGGAAAUUUCCAGUCCCAGCUGCUUUAAACUAGAAGCAGGUACAAAUCAGAGCUGGAAAAUAAACUUUAAACUUCAUUUAUUAGCAAA